AUGGGGCACUCGAAAUCACCCUCAAUUUCCGAGGAAGCGGUGCGGGUUCCGGAACCGCCAGAGGUCAGAAACUGGAAGGUGAACAUCUACUGUAUCGGGGUCUGUUUCGGUGCUCUUGCUCUUGGCUACGAUGUCUCUGUCAUGGGUGGAACAUUGAUCCUUCCCUCCUUCGAACGCGACUUUGGCCUCCUGAACAAGAGCCAGAAAGAACUCGAUGACCUUACUUCCAACAUCGUAUCCUGUUUCCAAGCAGGAAUGUUUUUCGGCGCACUGGGAUCUCAUUUCUUCUCGGAGCGUUUUGGCCGAAAGAGAUGUAUAUUCUAUGCUACAAUCGUCUUCAUGUGCGGCGCCUCCAUGCAGACUGCUUCGCAUGGACUUGUCGGCUUGAUCAUGGCUGGGAGAGCAAUUGCGGGUAUCGGCAUCGGUGGAACCGCACCUGUCAUUCCCGUCUAUAUUGCCGAGGUCGCCCCGCCCUCCAUUCGUGGGCGGUUAGUUGGGUUCUACGAAAUAGGCUCACAGGGCGCACAGAUGUGUGGCUUCUGGGUCAACUAUGCUGUCAACAAAACUAUAAGCUCCAGCACCCCGGCUCAAUGGCAGGUUCCUCUUGGCCUUCAACUAUUUCCCGCCGUCUUCGUACUUGCAGUCGUACCUUUCUGCCCAGAAUCACCACGGUGGCUGGCUAAGAAGGACUGCUGGGAGAAAACCGAGAAAAUUAUUUGCGAUCUUCGCCAGCUCCCCUCCAGCCACCCUUAUGUCAUGAAUGAGAUGAGUGAAAUCCGUGCCGAGGUCGAGUUUGAGGCGCAUAUUGCCGGACUGAACCCCGGAACUUGGCUCCAGUUCAAGGAGUUGUUCAAGAAGGGUAUUCGCAACCGCAUUGGCAUUGGCUUGUGCUUGAUGAUGUGUCAGAAUAUGACCGGCGUCAACAUUAUCACUUAUUACUCUCCCAGGAUAUUUGCUACUCUUGGAAUUGCUAGCACCGAUCUCAAGCUUUUUGCGACUGGGUUCUAUGGUGUCGCCAAGACCCUCGGCAUGAUCAUUUUUUCCUUUUAUGUUGCGGACCAUCUCGGUAGACGCAAGGGCCUGCUCUGGGGCUCUGCUCUGGGCUGCGUACCAAUGGUACUACUCUCUAUCCAGUUAUCCUUCUUCCACUAUGCUAACACUAUGCAGCUCUACCUUGGCGGCUACGUCAUGAAGAACGACCCUGAGGCAGCAGCAGAGGCGGGGGGUAUCACAUGGCUCUACGCUUCUGAGAUCUACCCUCUCUACAUCCGCUCGCUUUGUAUGGCGCUCACUAUCGCCGACGAGCGUCUCUGGUCUUAUGUUGUUUCUCGUUCUACGCCUUACAUGAUCUCAGAUAUCGGGUAUGGCACUUACUUCUUCUUCGGCGCCCUCAUGGUCUGCAUGGGAGUCUGGGCUUGGUGGUGCAUUCGUGAAACAAAGGGUGUCCCCAUCGAAGAGAUGGAUGCGCUCUUUGGUGCACCUGGUGUGAGAUCUCCGAAUCACCCUCCAAAAGACACAGAGGAUCAGCUUGAAGAUGAGAAGGCUGGCGCUAUGGAGGUUGAGGAUGCCCGCAGCGUAACAAAGUAG